AUGGAAGAGAAAAUUAAAUCCCAUCUAAAGGCCUUAAACUUUGUAGAAGUAUGCAACUGCAUAGAUAAGAAGGAGACAGAAAUUGGCGACAUAGCCAAAUGGGUAUGCUACAAUAAGCUUCUUAUUAACAUAAAACUUCUAGAAAAAUGUAGUGAAAAUACAAGUUUGAAACAAAAUAUAUUAGACGAGCUAGAUAACGAAAUUAUUAAGACUACAAAAAUUGUCAAAAUUGAUAAAAAGGAUAAGGUGGACGUAUAUUUAUGUAUAAAAAGGUAUGUCUUUCUUUUGUAUAAGAUACUUUCCCAUUUUGAAAAAGUUAAUUUAGAAACAAACAAAAUGGUAUAUGAGGUAUUUCUUAUCUUUUCCAUAAAACUUGUUAUCCUUUAUGACGAGAAGGAAUUUCUGCUAAAUAUCAUUCAUAGCUUGGUUAAUAAUGUAGAGAAUAAUAAAAAAAAAAAUAAUUCACAGGAAAAUUUAUUUUUAUUCGAAUUUGCAAAAAAUUUAUUUGACUUAUACUGUUUUAUUAUGUUACCUGAUUUUAUUUUUUUACAUUCUUUGUUAAUUUAUUUAUAUAAUAAUAUCAACAUGGACAUAUGUCACAAUUUGAAGAAUGAAAGAAUACAACUAAUCUGCUACAUAUUAAAGAAUAUUAAUAUACUUUUUGAAAAAUUGCUUAAACACAGUGAUAGCACCUUAACAAGUAUUUACGACGAUGAAAAGAAUGACCGAUCAUCUCUUUUAAUCGAACUAAGGGAUAGCUUAAACAUCAUAUAUCCCAAGACAGAAUGUCUGGUUGAUACGAUUAGUAAAUCAAAUACAAAAAUAAUAUUUAAGGAGUGUAAUUAUUUCCACCUUUUAUAUAAAACAAUUCAAAUAUCAUUCAAUACAAAUAAAUACUCAUUGGAGAAGGAGAAGUAUCAUCAUAAUUAUAAUUAUGCAAAUGUAAAUAUAAAUAAUUUUCUUUUGUUACUUAAAAUUUUAUCUCCAAAUUUUUUGGUAUGGACAGCUCGUAAGGAUAACAAAGAAAAGAUAUAUAAAGAAUUACAACAAAUAAUAUAUACAUAUGAAGAAACUGAAUUCUAUAAGUUCAACUAUAUAUACGUCAUAGAUAAUUUGCAGAAUUAUAAUUAUUUAAAUGAGACUACAGGUUGUCUCUUCUUCUUCUACCUUUCGUUGCUCUCUUUAAAUGAGAUCAAUAAAAAUUUGGAUAAACAAAUUAACAUUUUAGUGAGUACCUUAAUAGGAAACUAUUUUUCUUUUUUUCAAAGAAGACAUAAUUUUGUACUCCCCAAAGAUACGAUCUUAUUACCAAACCGAGGAAAAAUAAUACAGUCAAAAAGAGGAGUGUUAAGCCAAAAAAAUGAAGAACACACAAUCGAACAGUUUGAAGACUCCGUUUUCCAUGAGAAUACAAAAAAUGAUCGAUGUAUGCAUGUGAUGAAGGAAAAACGUUUUUCAAAAAAUGUAGAAGCAUAUUGCCAGGUGAAAGAGCAAAAAAAGAAUACACACGAAUGCACUAUUUAUGACAGUAAAAAUUGCGCAAAUAUUUGCAAAAUUAGUUUUGACAUAUUAUUUAAACACAGUCAUAAAAUAAUAAUGAAACUGAAAAAUUUAAUCAUUUGGGGAUAUAUAUAUCCUGAUGAUAGCGAAGAAUUGAACUUUUUGAAUUUGGCUAAUAUCUUCAUUUUUAAUGAUGAUAUGUAUACUACUAACCAAAAGAAGGAAUCCCUCAGUGAAUACUUAUUCAAGAGACAUAACUUUUUUAUAUACAAUUAUUCAGUUUUCAAAAAUACAUAUGAGUGUAAAACUUUGUCCUAUAAGUAUAUGGACGUUUUUUCUGAUUUUAUCUCUUCUUUAAUUCUAAAUAUUAUCCUUGUGCUAGCUAAAAUUCAUUUGUCAUGUAGUUACAUACUUCAACAGGAUAGUGAAAAGGGAGAUCGGGACAAAACACAGCUUAAUAGGAGAUGUGCUAACGUGAAAGUUUUCACGAACGAGUGCGUCAUCAAUGAUUUUUACUGCACAAGGGGGGGGAAAUUAGAGCAAUCAAAGAAGAUGCAGCAAACACAGCAAGAGCCACUCAUAACAAAAGAUGAGACAAAUGUAAACACGAACGACACGAACAGCAACAUUCGACAUACUUGCGUCAAAGUGGACGAAGAAACAAGUGCAGACAAAACCAAAGACGCUUUGAAUAAACUCAAAGGUGAUAUUAUAAACUCGUAUUACCACAUAGAAACUGUCCCAGUUGAUGAAAGAAUGGAAUUCUUUUUUAAUGAGUUACUUUUUAUUUGUUUUAAAUUAAUUAAUUAUCCCUCAAAAAAUGUCCGAAAAUAUUGUAUUUCUGUCAUAUCACUUGUUAUACCGAAAAUAAAUAUAAAAUCUUCUUACAUCAAUUAUGUUGAUAAAAAAACAGAUACAUUUAUUACCUUUAUAGAUGAUGAUGAAACAUAUGAUCAGAGUGAAGUUAUUAAAAAUUAUGUUUAUUUAAAAUGUAAAAUUAAUAAAUACUUAAAUUUGAACUUGAUUAAAUCUAUUGAGAAAUUAAUACGCAUUUGUUUUUUAAAACUGAGUAACAGAAAUUUGUGUUCAAUUAUUUGUAAAAAUAUUUUAUUCUCAUUUUGCUCUCAUCCUUUUGUAAUGCCAUUUAUUUUACAUAAAUACGUUAAUAUCAUUUUAUAUCUAAUAGAAACUAAUUACAUUAUUCUAAUUGUCGAUUCGUUAAAAUGUUUAUUCAUGUUAUAUCAGAUAAAUGCUCAGGAUAUGAAAAUUUACAACUAUGACAUAGUAUAUAGACUGCAUUUACUAUUCAACGUAUUUCAAGAAAAUAAUAAUCCGCAUAUAAACAUGAAUGAUACUACUAUAAAUGAUAAUAAUUUAGUGAUUAAUAAUCACCCAUCCGUAAAUUCUAAUAAUUUAACCUCGUUUUUAAAAAAAUUUUAUUUUAACAUCAAUCAAGUUGACAAGGGAAGAGAAGAAAUAUUACUACACAUAAAACUUAUCUUACAUUGUUUACACAUUAAUUGUUCAGAAGAAGAAUAUUUUAAAUUAAUUCGCAUUUUUUCAAAACAUCCCAAGGAAUUUCAAGAAUAUUCAAAAAGUUUUCAGCUUUUUUCUGCUUUCUAA